CCCACCCAACCUCUCGUGGGGUCCUGAACUGGGCCCCUCCCAAUCACCAGAUCCCAACCUACCUGUCCCUGGCAAUGAGCGAGAAUAGGAAUUAGCGAAUAGUUUGAACACAACGACUCGAAAAGGGCCUGGGAAGCUUGCUUUCCGAAAUUCGUGUCAGUUACAGGCCACUCACGGCAGACCGCCGCGAGCAACUAUCUUUAGGAGGAAUUGGUUGCUCUUCUCGUGCUGGCCGCGAAUCACGCAUGAACGCCAUCGAGCCGUCACCGUUUCAUCGUCCCCGCUGCCUACCAUGAGCUCGACACCAUCCGCUCCCAGCAAGCCGCUCUCGGCUCCGGCCACGGCAAACCACACCCCGGUCGUCUCUCAAUCGCCCACUCCAAGUUUCGACUCUAGCCGUCGCCAGUCACAGGGUUCGCUCCACGCUCAGGCCACCCCGAGGAAGGGCCAGGCAUCGAGGAGGCAGCAUCGCAACCAGCGGCGCCCCGGAGGUCAGGGCGGUAAUGGACACCUGGACCAGGAAGACGAGCUGGCCGAGUUACGGGCCCUGCGCAAUGCCUCUAGCCGGCGCGGCCAAACUUCCAUCACGCAUCUGAUGAGCUACGCUCUGCCGCCUCGCCCUCACGAUUACCACCAUACUCCGUAUUCCCGCUCCUACCGGCGGAACCCUUCGUGGGGUCAGGGAUCUGGCUACCACGCCGCUGACAAGGCGCGCUACAUCAAUGCAAACUAUCGCUUUGUCGUAAAACCCAGCGGAACAUACGCAAAGCAGGCCGCCGAUGCCGACGAGCACAUCGACUGGGCCGAUGUCCUCCAGGUCAUUGCAUCCGCCGAGUCCCAGCAAGCAUCCUGCCCCAUUUGCCUCUCAGAACCCGUCGCGCCGCGCAUGGCAAAGUGCGGCCACAUAUUCUGCCUACCCUGCGUCAUGCGUUUCAUGAACACUAGCAAUGGUGAGCCGGCUGAGAAGAAGCAGACUCGGUGGAGGAAAUGCCCCAUUUGCGAGGAUACCUUCUACAUGUCGGAUGUGCGCCCGGUGAGGUUCUACGCCGGCCAGGAGUCGCCGCUGCCCCGCAUUGGCGACGAUGUGAUUCUCCGUCUCAUGGUGCGGAACGCGAACAGCACAUUGGCACUGCCCAAGGAAGGCGCGGCUGAGGUCUUUCAAUCUGGCGAGGACGUGCCGUGGCAUUACGCAGCCAAUGUCUUGGAUUACGCCAGGAUUAUGAAGGGCACUACCGGCUACAUGGCGGAGCAAUUUGACCGCGAAAUCGAGGACCUUACGAAGCAGGAGAAAGAGGACGAGCUCCUUUAUCACGAGGACACCGAGUGGACGCAGAAGGCUAUUAGGGCAGUUAACGCGGCAAAAGAGAAGCUGACCGAGCUGGACGAGGCUGUCUCGACAGACAACCCUGCCCCUCCCCCUAAUCCGGGCCAGGCAAAGCAGGCCGAGCAGGACUUUUAUUUCUACACAUCCCCGCCACAUCUCUACCUCUCCCCGCUUGACAUCCGGAUCCUCAAAACCAAAUACGGCUCCUUUUCCGCGUUCCCUACGACGCUGCUGCCGAGGGUCGAGCACAUCUCAACCGGCCAUGCGGUCGACGAUAGUCUGCGGAAGCGGGCCAAAUACCUGGGCCAUCUGCCGCGGGGUUGUCUAAUCAGCUUUCUAGAAUGCGACUGGACAGACAUUGUUCCGCCUGAGAUUUUGGAAACAUUCGCCGAGGAGAUCGAGCGCCGCCGCCGGCGGAACCGGGAGAAAGCCACCCAGGAAGAGCGCGAGCGGCUGCAGGCCGAGCGCCUUGAGGCUGCCGCCAUUCGCGACGCAAGACGGCACCUUGGCCCGGUUGUCGACGAGGAGGUGACUGUGCGCUUCGGAGGAGACAUGAGCCACCAUUAUGAUGACGAGCCGCGUGUCGACAUGAGUGAUUUCCUGCCCCUCGGCACCGGCGCGCCGGCAGCAGCGGGCACCACGCCCCCUAAUCCGAGGCCGGGCUUCUCGUCGUUGUCGGACAUCAGCACCAGCCCGUCCGGCACCAGGACCGUCUGGGGAACGCCCAUGGUCGGGGCGCCUCCUGAGCCAGUCCCGAGCAGCAGCCGGCGUCCAAAGGCGGACGAUGGCUGGUUGAGGGACGCUGACGUCCUGGAGACGCUGGGUGCCGCGGAUAUUGCCGUGCAGUUGGAGGCGCUGGGAGUCGAGGCUAGUAACGGUGGUGGCAGUGGUGGGGCUGGGAGUUCGGGUGCUGCGGCCGGCGGCGGAGGCAAGAAGAAGAAGAAACAGAAGAUUACGUUGAUGAGCACUGGUGGUCGGCGAGGGUUGUAGAGGGGCUUUGUUGUUGCUGAGGGGGUUGGGUUUGGUUUGACCUCUUCUGAUCUGUGUUUAUUGAACAAGAGGAGGUAUCCUAGGUACCUCGUGUAUCUCUGGGCGGCCUGGCACAGUCCCUCGUUGCUAAGGUGCGUUAACCUCGCGGGUUGACGGAGGAGGAACUCUUCAUGAGGCGCUGCGGGAGUAGGGAUUGGGUUACUCAUUAUUAGGUUUAUCUUGAUACAGAAAGACCAAUAUAUGGCUUAGCAUCAUGUGUUUAUACAGAUCUUUGGUUUAUAAGUUUGUUAUAGUCCUCAUGGUCGUCCACCAUUAGCCGGU